CCGGGAGCGGGCACAGCUGCGGGCACCAGCCACGCCGGUGUCGCCGCCGCCGCCGCCGGGCGGAUCCCGCGCUUUUGCCGGAGCUUCUUUCGGUCGCUUUACUUUGGCGGCCCGGAGCAGGGACAUUAUGCCGAAGAGAAAGUCUCCAGAGGGUGCUGAAGGCAAGGAUGCGGCAAAAGUAACUAAACAAGAGCCCACAAGACGAUCAGCAAGACUGUCAGCUAAACCUACUCCACCAAAACCUGAACCCAAACCAAGGAAAACAACAAAGAAGGAACCUGGAACAAAGGCCAGCAAAGGUGCUAAAGGGAAGAAGGAUGAAAAGCAAGAAGCUGCAAAGGAAGGUACUACACCAUCUGAAAAUGGUGAAAAUAAAGCUGAAGAGGUAUUCGCAUCUCGCUCAACUGUUAGUGUUUCAACAUCCAGAGGUGCCCCACCCAGCACACUGUCAGUAAAAGGGCAGAUUGAAACAGUGAAAGCUCAGAAAACUGAAUCUGUAGGUGACAAGAAUGAAUGAAAUUCCAUGAAAAUUUUGGGUUGAUUUUAUGUACCUCUUGGACAAGUUUUAAAAGAUAUUUUUAUCAAGUAUUUUGUAAAUGCUAAUUUUUUUAGGACUAUGAUAGUUGACAUAUUAAACUGUAUAUGAACAUUUCCCUUCUCAUAACUGUGCUUUUAGAAAUUCCCAUUGUUGCCAAGUAAUACAAAUAUCAACUUAAUAUUGCAAGGUAUGUGUAAAAUUGGAUCAGCAUUCCAUACACUUGCUUUAAGAAGUUGUGUCUUGUGCGUAUGGUGAUGUUUUUACUGUGUGUAUUUGAAUUUUUCAUGCAGUUUUUCUAGAGCAAUAAUCAGUGGUGCUUUUGUACUUAGGUUUUAUGUGAUUUUAAUGAAACAUGGAUAGAUGUGGCCACCUGCUGACUAUUUUGGGUUCUUUUAAUGGAUUAAAAUAAAAGGUCUCCUUGCCUG